AGGAGGUUUGCUUAUAUUUCAGAUUGUGUCAUUUGAGUCGCGUGAAACAGCGUCUUGCGGAACAGGCUAUAUUAGAUCCCGUGGGUUAGCCUGGCACAGCCGGGAGACAACAGAGCGGGCGAGAGAGGCAGCCUACUAGAGGAUGGGCAGGAAGCCGCUUGCCUGCCCCGGCUCAUCCCAUCAACUUUGCUUUUGGCUGUGCUAAUUCCUUGAACUAGAGGAGGAGCUGGAAGAAACCCAGGAAAAAGGAAAGAAAGGAGAUGCGAGAAACUCCGUGAAAAAACGUUGAGCAGCGCCUGAGCGAAAUGCUCAGCAGAUGCAAACCCAGAGGCCAGGGAGGAGGAGGGCAAGCAAGGCUGGGCUUAGGCAACCUGCUGCUGGCGUUUAGACAAAGGAGACUUGAGAGAGGCGGGAUCGGAUUCUAAUUUCAGCUUGGGGAGAGAGCCAGCUAGCAGCUGGACUCGCGGGAUGAAACUGACCGAAUUCACAGUCACUGGAGCAUGUACCACAAUAAGAGCACACAGAAAAAGUAAGUCUGGGAAGGGAUUUACUGAGCUUCAAAGACUGACAUCUGCCCCCCUCUUUGAGGCAUGCCUUCAUCCAUGCGGUACCUCUUUAUAGUCUCGGUGUCUACUGUUACCGUUUUUAUAGUGCUCUAUGUGUUGAGUUUUGGGGGAGAUCAAAGCUACCAGAAGCUAAACAUCUCAGACACUUUGAUGCUGACUCAAGUGUGCACAUCCUUUAUCAAUGGGAAGACUCCUUUCCUGUGGAGAAACAAACUGAUAAUCUAUGAAAAGUCUUCUUGCAAGGAAUACCUGACCCAAGGCCACUACAUCACAGCCCCUUUAUCUCAGGAAGAGGUUGAGUUUCCUUUGGCUUAUAUCAUGGUCAUCCAUCACAAUUUUGACACCUUUGCAAGACUCUUCAGGGCUAUCUUCAUGCCCCAGAACGUCUAUUGUGUUCAUGUGGAUGAAAAGGCAACAGUUGAAUUCAAAAGUGCGGUUGAACAGUUACUGAGCUGUUUCCCCAACGCCUUUCUGGCUUCUAAGAUGGAGCCAGUGGUCUAUGGUGGCAUCUCCCGACUCCAGGCUGACCUGAACUGCAUCAAAGAUCUGGCUGCCUCAGAGGUCCCAUGGAAGUAUGCCAUCAACACCUGUGGGCAAGACUUCCCCCUGAAAACCAAUAAGGAAAUAGUUCAGUAUCUGAAAGGUCUUAAAGGGAAGAAUCUCACCCCAGGGGUGCUGCCUCCAGCUCAUGCAAUUGGACGGACCAAGUAUGUCCACCGGGAGCAUCUGAGCAAAGAACUUUCCUAUGUGAUCAGAACUGCAGCACUGAAGCCCCCACCUCCCCACAACCUCACCAUUUACUUUGGCUCAGCCUAUGUUGCUCUAUCUCGAGAAUUCGCCAGCUUUGUCCUCCAUGACCCACGGGCUGUUGAUUUGCUCCAGUGGUCCAAAGACACUUUCAGUCCUGAUGAACAUUUCUGGGUGACACUCAACAGGAUUCCAGGGGCUGGAGAGAUGGCUCAGUGGUCUUAA